UUUAUCCAAAUGUUACAAUAAUCCCACCGUCGGCGUCAGUUUUUCUCCUCUCAGUUCUGACCACUGUUCUCAACGAAACUCUCUGUUCCUCAUUUCCUUCAAUGGCUACCAUCAGCCUCUCUCCACUACAAACCUGUCCUUCUCUUCGCUUACUUUCGUCAUAUUCUCCCCUAAAUACCACCAACCUACUAUUCUAUUCAUACUCUAAGCCUUCAAUCCCCUUCCUUUCCAUCUCCUUAAAACCCUACCACAAUGUUAAGCCUCGCUCUCUAAUUAUCGCUGAAGCCAUCAAAAGCCUAACGGCGACGGAGUUAGUACCCGUGCCUUUAACGGCGGAUGAGUUCUCAAAGAAAUUGCCUUCAGAAUCGGGCGUAUACGCCAUCUUUGAUAAGAACGAUCAUCUUCAAUUUAUUGGCAUAUCCCGGAAUAUUGGAGCUAGCGUGCUCUCUCACUUGAAGUCGGUGCCGGAGCUUUGCUCCUCUGUUAAGGUUGGUGUAGUAGAUGAACCCGACAGGACAACUCUCACUGAAGCUUGGAAAUCUUGGAUGGAGGAACAUAUAAAAGCCACUGGAAAGGUUCCACCAGGCAAUGAAUCAGGCAAUGCCACAUGGAUCAGGCAGCCACCAAAGAAGAAGGCUGAUCUCCGGCUAACACCUGGACGUAAUGUCCAGUUAACAGUUCCAUUGGAGGAACUCAUUGAACGGUUGGUGAAGGAGAACAAGGUGGUUGCCUUUAUCAAGGGAUCACGAAGCGCCCCAUUAUGUGGAUUCUCUCAAAGGGUAAUUGGGAUUCUUGAAAGUGAAGGAGUAGAUUAUGAGAGUGUAGACGUUCUUGAUGAAGAAUACAAUAAUGGGUUAAGGGAGACAUUAAAGAAGUAUAGCAACUGGCCUACAUUCCCUCAAAUUUUUGUCAAUGGCGAGUUGGUUGGAGGAUGUGAUAUCUUGACCUCCAUGCAUGAGAAGGGUGAGCUUGGUGGAUUACUGAAAAAGUAGUUGAUUUUUCAAUACCUACAUUUUCUAAAUGGGGAAGCGUGUUAUAACAAAAUUGCUAAGUAAGGUGACAGGAGAAUCAAGAAAAUGUCGUUCUUUGUAUGUUUAUCUUUCUUGCAUCGGGUGUUUUUUUUACUUAAAUGGAAGUUUUUUUAAAUAAUACAAAUAUAGAAAUAAGACUCUCCUUAUGCCUUUUCAUUUCACCUUCA